AUGAAAGGGAUUGUGGGGAAUUCAUUCCUUAGAAUAGCAUUGACAAAAGUGCAACAACAAACAAAAGCCAACGCAGGUUCUUCUGGACAGCAGCACCCUGUAAGAAUGCCAACGGUUACUUCCAGUGGAACAAAAUUUAAUGAUCCCCAUGCAUUAGCACAACUGCAUCAGAGAAGUAUGAAUGCUACUGCAGACCAUUCUCAUAAUACUUCAGCUAUCCAAGUGAAAAGUGAACUGACCUAUUCAACUAUGGACAUUAGUGCUAAAAAAUCUCAGGAACAUGAUGUUCAAAUGGUGCAACCAAAUCAAUUACCAUCAUCAGGUUCUAAUGUCGUCAUUCAAGAAACUGAAAGAUCCUCAGUUCAUAUACAAGGCCUUAAUAAGCAGCUUCAACUUCCACCGACACGUUUUGAGCAUAUCUGCGCAACCUGCAUUCAUAAUGAGUGA